GGGUUUCAUAAAGCUCUGAUUGCCAAAUCAAGCGCUUAAUCGUCAAUCAAAUACGAAAUUCUAUGCUACUUUUUCCGAUUUGAUUCUCAAUCACCGAUCUAACCGUCUAAUCAAGAAAUCGUCCAUCAACGCUACGAAAUCGUCGGUCAACACCUCGUGAUUGUCAAUCAGGCAAAAAAUGGGUUUCAUAAAACAUUUUGAUGCUUGAUCAACCGGAAAGCGCGUCAUUAAUCGACAAUCAAGUUGAACGAUAGAAUUUGAGCGAUUAACAUAUCAGUUAUUCUAGAAAUAUUAUUACCUUCAUAAAGAAAAUGUUGUCUGAUACUUCAUCUUCAUCAGAAGAAAACAACGAAGAAUAUUAUCUUAGAAGACCCCGUUCAUUUAAAAACCUAAAUGAUCCCUUCGAAAUGUAUAAUGAUGCAGAAUUCAAACACCGCUUCAGGUUCCAUAAAAAUUCAGUAAUGGAACUUCUUCAUAAAAUUGGAGAAAAAAUUGAGGCCCCCACUAAGAGAAACAGGGCGUUAAAUGCAAAAAUGCAAAUAAUAGUCGCAUUAAGGUUUUAUGCAACUGGAGGUUUCCAGAUGACAAUUGGGGACCAUGUAAAUAUCACGAAACCGACAGUAUGUAGAAUAGUGAAGAGAGUUUCAACAGAAAUAGCGAAACUGAAACCAAAUUACAUUUCGAUGCCAAAAACCAGGCAAAAAAGGUUGGAAGUUGCUUCAGGCUUCCACGAUAUUGCUGGGUUACCACGUGUUGUGGGAGCUAUCGACUGCACACACAUAAGAAUAAUUUCCCCUGGAGGAUCCAACGCAGAGACAUUCAGAAACCGAAAGGGUUAUUUUUCAAUAAAUGUGCAAGCAGUGUGUGAUGCUGGCCUGAAAAUUAUAAACAUUAUAGCUCGUUGGCCAGGUUCGGUCCAUGAUUCCACAAUAUUCAAUGAUUCACCACUCAUAGUGGAGAUGGAACAAGGCUUGUAUGGCAAUUGCUAUCUGUUGGGUGAUAGUGGUUAUGCAUGCAAGCCUUUUCUACUUACGCCAGUAUUAAAUCCAGGAACUGAAGCAGAAAGAAGGUAUAAUCAAGCACACAUCAAAACACGCAACUGCAUUGAAAGAUGCUUUGGUGUGUUGAAAAGACGCUUCCCUUGCUUAUAUUACGGAUUAAGGAACAAGUUAAGUACAUCCUUAACAAUAAUUAUUGCAUGCUGUGUCCUUCAUAAUUUGGCCCUGUCAGUUAAUGACACUGUAGAUACACUGGAAGAAUUGCCUGAAAAUUUUGAAGAAAGUGAUAUUGUUCAUCAUGAUCAAGGACAACAAAACACAGCCAUACGAAAUGCAUUAAUAGCAGACCUUUUUGAGAGAUGAACGAGACCAAUACUUCAAUUCCAGAAUAUUUAUUUUUGAUAUAAUUAGGCUUAUCACAUAUUUGGAUCAUAUCAGGGAAUAUCAAAC